UCAAAGUGUCCUCCCUGUUGGAGCUGGCUCUGGGCGGUGCUGGCUUUACAGCCCUCCAAUGUCAACUGUUCCUGAGGUGCUGGUGGAGACUGAAUGCUGUGGUUCAGGAGCUCAAAAUAAUUUUUUACCUCCUUCUGAGAGAAGAAAAAGAAAGAGCUGUGGCCCCAAAACAGAGAGAGACCUUUCUCAGGUCAGUGUUAAAUUCUUACCUCUCCCAGCAGCUGCUUCUCAAGCCCUGAGGAUUUCACUGAGCCAAUUUAAUGCUGGUGGUCAGACAGUUUAAACCCAUUAGCUCCCAGCUAUCUGAAUAAUUUUCUCCUGGGAUCCCAGCACACAGGCAGACUGCUCUAACCAGAACUGCAGAGCACUGCCACGGGACCUGGACCUUUGCUGACUGCUGUGGCCUGUGUGGUGAGCACUCAGGGGCUGAAGAAAAUGCCACUGGCGAGAUCCCUGUCCAUGACAUCUCUGAAUGGGCUUCUUCAGUGUGAGGAUGAAGACCUGCCCGUGGAGGAUUUGUUGCUCCUUGAAAUUUCUUGGGAAGUUACCAACAAAGGUAUGUCAGAGGAGCUCAGCCUGAAGUUGGUUUGCAUUUCUGAGGUGGUGUAAAGCUGCUGCUGCCCACAGGAGCGAGUCCCAGUCUUUGUGUGACUUUUGGUGCAUCACCAGGUGCUUGGUGGGAGGCAUUUACACUGUGAUCCAGACAAAAGCCAAAACUACAGCAGAUGAAUGGGGUGAAAACUAUUUCCUGAUUGGCCCCUAUUUUGAGCAGAAUGUGAAGACUCAGGUGGAAUUCUCUGAACCUCCAAACCCUGCAGUUAAGAAGGCAAUGGACACCAUGAAAAGCCAAGGGUGCCAGGUCUUUUUUGGAAGAUGGCUGAUAGAGGGCAGCCCUUAUGUCUUACUGUUUGAUAUAGGAUCAGCAGCUUGGAACCUGGACAAGUGGAAGGGUGAAUUUUGGGAAGUCAGCAACAUAGGGAUCCCUUUUCAUGACCGAGAAGCCAACGAUGCUGUGAUUUUUGGAUCAUUAACAGCCUGGUUUUUGAAAGAGCUUUCCUGUCAGUUUGAUGACAAGCCCAAUAUAAUUGCCCACUUCCACGAGUGGCAGGCAGGAGUGGGUUUAAUCCUGUCUCGAUCACAGAAACUUCCCGUCGCCACAAUUUUUACUACCCAUGCAACUUUGCUUGGGAGAUACUUGUGUGCAGCCAGUAUUGACUUUUACAACAAUCUGGACCAGUUUGACAUUGACAAGGAGGCUGGAGAGAGGCAGAUUUACCAUCGGUACUGUAUGGAACGGGCAUCUGUACAUUGUGCCCAUGUGUUCACCACAGUCUCCCAGAUCACAGCUACAGAAGCAGAACAUAUGCUUAAAAAAAGCCCUGAUGUUGUCACCCCAAAUGGCUUGAACAUUAAGAAAUUUUCAGCAAUGCAUGAGUUUCAGAAUUUGCAUUCCAUGUACAAGGCUAGGAUCCAAGAGUUCAUUCGAGGUCAUUUCUAUGGCCACCUUGACUUCGAUCUUGACAAGACCUUGUUUUUCUUCAUUGCUGGGAGAUAUGAGUUUUCCAACAAAGGAGCUGAUAUGUUUCUAGAAGCCUUAUCAAGAUUAAACUUUUUGCUGAGGGUUCACAAGACUGAUGUUACAGUUAUUGUCUUCUUCAUCAUGCCAGCAAAAACCAACAAUUUCAACGUGGAAACCUUGAAAGGACAAGCAGUCCGGAAGCAGCUCUGGGACACUGCACAGUCUGUGAAAGAAAAGUUUGGAAGGAAACUCUACAAUGCCUUGCUGAAAGGAGAAAUCCCAGACCUGAACAAGAUUCUUGACCGAGAUGACAUAAGCAUUAUGAAAAGAGCCAUCUUUUCAACUCAGAGACACUCUCUGCCUCCAGUGACCACCCACAACAUGAUUGAUGACAGCAACGACCCAAUCCUCAACACCAUCCGGCGCAUUGGGCUGUUCAACAACCGCACAGACCGCGUGAAGGUGAUCCUACAUCCAGAGUUUCUUUCUUCAACAAGCCCCUUGCUGCCCUUGGACUAUGAGGAGUUUGUUAGAGGCUGCCACCUUGGUGUAUUCCCAUCAUACUAUGAACCCUGGGGCUACACUCCAGCUGAGUGUACUGUGAUGGGCAUUCCCAGUGUAACCACAAACCUCUCUGGAUUUGGCUGUUUCAUGCAGGAACAUGUUGCUGACCCAGAAGCUUAUGGGAUCUACAUCGUGGACAGGAGGUUCCGCUCGCCGGACGAGUCGUGCAACCAGCUGACCCAGUUCCUGUACGGCUUCUGCCAGCAGAACCGGCGCCAGAGGAUCAUCCAGAGGAACCGCACCGAGCGCCUCUCCGACCUCCUGGACUGGAAGUACCUGGGCAGGUAUUACAUGCAUGCCAGACACUUGGCCCUCAGCAGAACAUUCCCAGAUAAAUUUGAGAUGGAACCAAGUGCUCCACCAAAGACGGAGGGUUUCAGGUUCCCCAGGCCUUCAUCGGUGCCACCCUCGCCCUCUGCCUCCCAGCAUUCCAGUCCUCACCACAGCGAAGCUGAGGAUGAAGAUGAUGAUGAGAGAUACGACGAGGAUGAGGAAGCUGAAAGGGAUAGGCAGAAUAUCAAGUCCCCCUUUUCCCUUGGAGCCUUGCCACAAGGAAAGAAGAAGCAGCAUGGAGAAUACAGGAACUGAACUCGUUGCUCUCACCCUGGUAUUGCUCCCCAUCCACUCAACAGUUUCUCCUGUAGGCUUGGCAAGCUUUGUGUUAAGGACGGUGUGAUGUAAUUAGGGGAACCUUAAAUGUUACUUGACCUACACUUUUGGAAAGUCUAAUAUUAUUCACCUUGAAAGUAGUUUAAAUGACAAGUUUUCUGUGCGCCUUUGAGGUAGAAGAGAUUUUUCAGGCUUAAUAAAACUAGAGAAUGAGACAAUCCCCUCAGGAGCUUAUAUAAACUGCAGAUCAUACCUUUGUCUGUGGAAUCAUCUGUAUUAAUCAUAGUCUAGACAAAUAGCUACAUUUUGGGUAUCCCAAAGGAAUUUCUGCUUCAUUUAUGUUUCCCCAUUUCCCCUUCUAAACGAACAUGAACUUCCAACCCGAGCUGAAAAAAUUAGAAAAAAAAAAGUGUUACAAUGGAGAAAUAUUGGAAGAGUUUAAGAAGAUACACUGAAAAGAAAAUGGUCUUUCUUUUUCCUGAUGCUGUUUAUUGUAAGCUUACAUAACACUUUUUUGCAACACACAGAAGUGUCUUAAUCCCGUGGUAAAACAUACUUCCUGUGGAACAAUAGAAAGUCUUAUGCAGUGGGCAUUUGAAUUUUAGAGACAAAUGAAGUCAUCUUUCUGACAUCAUUUAGACCCACAAUAAACAGCAGACCAUUUAUUUUCUGA